AAAUAGCAUAUUCUAUCUAUCUAUCUAUCUAUCUAUCUAUCUAUCUAUCUAUCUUUCUAUCUAUCUUAUCAUCUCAGUCAAAUCUGAUUACAACAACUGAUCCUAUAAUGAAAGACUCUUACUAUAGAUCACUCACUAACUGAUCACAUGACAGGGUUCUAAAUAAAAAUGGCGUCCGACAACCUACCAUCCGAAUUUGAUAUUGUCAUACUUGGAACAGGUCUCACCGAGUCGGUCGUCGCAUCCGCCUCCUCCAGGGUGGGACAGUGGGUUUUUCAUCUAGACCGGAGGAAGUACUAUGCCGGGAACUGGGCCAGUUUUAACUUCAACGGCCUGCUGUCCUGGAUUGAGGAAUAUGAAAAGGAAACACAGAGCAAAGAGGCAGAGCCGGAAUGGAGGGACAAGCUGGAGACGGGAGAGGUGGCAGUGCCCAUCAGUGCAGACGACUCCUCCAUCACCAACCUCACGGUCUUUUGCUAUGCCAGUGCAGAGGCUGAGGAGGUGUUGAAUGAGGAGGAGGAGGAGCAGGAGGAGGCAUCACCACCAUCGUCACCCACAACCCGGGACAAGACGCAGACCCAGGGGAGGGUGACACCAGCGUGGAGGUCACAGAGGAAGCCACGACCGCCAGCGAGACGCCCCCCCCCCCAGAGCAAGAGCUGCCACGUGACGUACAAGAGGGAGGGGCAUCCCAGGGUCAAGAGGGAGGACCUGCUGAAGGAGGGGCGCAGGUUCAACAUUGACCUGGUGUCUAAGGUUGAUGCAGGUGUUCACUACAAGCUGAUGUACUCCAGGGGCAGCCUGAUCGAGCUCCUCAUCCAGUCCAACAUCAGCCGCUACACUGUGUUUAAAAACAUCACCCGCAUCCUUACCUACCGCAACGGGAAAGUUGAACAGGUCCCCUGUUCUCGGGCCAACGUGUUUGCCAGUAAGCAGCUGACGAUGGUGGAGAAGCGCGUGCUGAUGAAGUUCCUCACCUCUUGCCUGGACUUUGAGCAGCACCCAGAGGAGUUCCAGGGUAUGACCCGUGUCCCUUUUGGGAAAUUCCUCCGGACCAAGAAGCUCACAGACAACCUCCAGCACUUCCUGCUGCACUCCAUCGCCAUGGUGACGCAGGAGACCCUCACCCGAGGACGGUCUCCGGCCACGCAGGACUUCCUGCGCUGCCUGGGUCGCUAUGGCAACACGCCCUUCCUGUUCCCCUUGUACGGCCUGGGGGAGAUCCCGCAGUGCUUCUGCAGGAUGUGUGCCGUGUUUGGAGGGACCUACUGCCUUCGCCACUCUAUCCAGUGUUUGGUCGUGGGCACAGAAACAAACAGGUGCAGAGCUGUGAUUGACACCGAAGGGCAGCAAAUCAGCUGCAGUCAUUUCGUGGUGGAGGAUGGAUACGCGAGGGAGAGGUGGAAGAGCACAGGCGACAGACGUGAAGUUCACCGUCGGGUGCUCAUCACAGACGGCUCGUUGUUGUCCUCUGACUCAGAGCAGCAGCUUUCUCUGUUGACUGUCCCUCCACUGGAGUCGGUUGGCGUGGCCGUACACGUGGUAGAGCUGGCCUGCUUCUUCAUGACCUGUAUGCCUGGUACCUAUCUGGUGCACCUCACCUGUUCUUCCAAGGCCACAGCUCGAGAGGACCUAGCAGCACCCAUCGUUUCCAGAUUGUUCUAGGUGCCCCCCCCCCCCAGCCCCAGAGAGGAACCAGCCGAAGGGUUUGGCGAUGAGAAGAGUGAGCGGUCAGCGGUGCUUUGGGCGAUGUAUUUCAACAUGUUGGACACCUCCAGGAUGGACUGCAGCGGCUUCGACCUGCCCAGCAAUGUGUGCGUCUGCACUGGGCCCGACACGAGCCUAGGCUGUGACUCCUCCAUCAAGCUGGCAGAGACUAUUUUCCGCCAGAUUCUCCCUGAUGAGGAGUUCUGCCCACCCGCCCACCCUGAGGACAUCAUCUACGAGGGAGAGGGACCCCAGGGGGAGGGCUCUGGGUUUGAGGGGACCCCCCAGACCGAGUCGGGUUCUCCAGACCAGAGAGAAGACGGGGGUUCAGAGAGCCAAGCAGAGGCCGCGGAGAAGGCAGCGGAGGUGGAGGAGGGUCUCAUUCAGGAUGUGGGGGACGAAGAGGCCGAGCAGGAGAAGACUACUCCCUCUGAAAAGUGAACCACAAACAUGAUUACCUCAAAGCUGCACCUCCCAAACCACCACCCACCCCCUGCAGCAUCAUUUGUGCCUGCCUGCGUUCGGGAAUAGUUCCACCCCAGCUAUGGUCAGAGACAUCAUUUUGUGUGGUUUACAUUCCAUACAACCAACAUAAGCAGGGAUCUGUGUCUCUAUCAGUACACAUUGUCACAGUAUUAUGAGUGUGAUAUGACACCUACACUCAUCAGAACUAUUCCACUCAUCUUUAUGGACCAUGUGAAACAUUCCAGGACCUCAUUGACCAAAUGAUAUAUGUUAGAUAUGAUUGGUCUUACAACAAUCUACCAUUUUACGGUUGUUUUUUUUGCUGGUGGUUAAGUUGUUUCAGUGUUAGUUAAAUCACAUCUCUUGUUAUCAGUCACGCAUGGCUAACAGAAGCAUUGAGGGUAUACUACAUUUUGACAGUCAUUUAUUCCAGAGAAUUACUAACUAUGAAGCUGUUCAUCUCAGUGUACAUUUCUAAACAUCUCUCAACAUUUGAUCAAGGCACUGGUAUGAGUCCCUUUAAGCAUAUUUAAUGAUUCUUCCUUUUUUACUGUCAUUUUUUUUAUUUAAUAUAUUUUCUCAGUACUUGCCUUUAAAUCUUUUUUUUAUUAUUCCUGCGCUUGUGAAGAAAUUUGUAUCAGUUCCUCAGCCAUGGUGCCUUGAGUUCACCUGAGUUCCCUUCUCCCUAAUGGUUCUUUAGUGAUGAUUUCCCCCUCUAUCCACUGACAAGAGAUUAUGAUUGCUCACUUUGAACAGACAGUGUUAUGGGAAUGUAUAGUAACAAUGUAAUAAUUGUGAAUUGCCUAUAAGAAACAGCUAUUAUGACAGUCUGUCUCACAGUUCAAAAUCAUCCAUAAUUUUGUUUCAGUAAGGUGGUAACUACUGGCUUUGGCACUAAGGAUCCCUGUUGCUGCUGUUGAGGUUUUUCUGAAUGUAAAGAUGAUGUCUUGGCCUUCUCCUCAGAUGAUGCUAGAGCAGCCUUAUAACACUAAAGACAACACCAUUGUGGCUUGUUAAACUCUUGAUUUUAAGUCAACUAUUCCUCAAAAGAACAGGUCUAUUAAAGGUCUUUUUGAUUAACUGGAAAAUAGAAUCCUGAAUUCUUGUGACAAGAAAAAUGUUUAUCUUGUAAACAGUUGCAAAUAUAUUUUACUAUAAGUUGUACAGUCCAUCAGUCCAUUGAAUAUUUUGUUUACACAGGUUGUUGCAGGGUUGUGUGUUGACUUGGGUAUAGGCCAAUGACUGUAUAUAGUCGACAUGAGUAUAUAGAGUCGACUCUAUAUACAGUCGAUGAUAUAGGCUAUGGAUUUGUUUGUAGGAAGGAAGGUUAAUACUGCCAUGUUUACAUGCAUACUGUGUGUUAAUGCUAAAAUAUUUAUUGAACUCUGUAUACUGUUUCACUUAUGUAUUAGAACAAUAUCAAUCAUCAGUGUCAUUUGUUUACGUUUUGAAUUGGAAUAUUUUGCAUCUAUACUUUUUGAUUUAUGUAUUUGUUAUUGAGCAUUAAAACUUGUCUCCAUUUUACCUGA